AUGGGGCGAGGCAGCAAGGCUUCACUGCUGCUGGUGAUGCUUCUCGGUCUACUGGCCGCGGCCUUUGCUACUUCCGCGGCGGCGGAGGACGGCGACGCCGAUCCGCUCUACAGAUCUUGCGUGGAAGAAUGCCAAAAGACCGGCGCCCUCAAAGAGGACUCCAUCAAGCACUGCAUUGUUCCCACCGAUGAUCAGCCCGCUGACAAAUCCUGGUACGCGCACGAGCCGCUGUACCUGCAGUGGAAGGAGUGGAACUGCAACAGCGAAUGCCGGUACCACUGCAUGAUGGAGAGGGAAGAGGAGAGGGAAGAGCUUGGCCCAGGGCCGGUCAAGUAUCACGGCAAAUGGCCUCUGAAACGUGCAUCCGUGUUUCAGGAACCUUUUUCGGCAGCUCUAUCUGCUCUGACUCUUCUUGUGCAGUUCAAUGGAUGGCUAUCUUUUUUCCUCUUGCUUUCAUACAAGCUGCCUCUCAGACCUGAAACUCAAGCGACGUACUAUGAAUAUACUGGACUCUGGCACAUUUACGGGCUCCUGGCCAUGAAUUCGUGGUUCUGGAGUGCCAUAUAUCACAGCUGUGAUACCGCUUGGACAGAAAAGCUAUAUUUCUCAUCAACUGCUGCCUUCCUGGGCUACUCCCUCAUCUUGGCCAUACUGCGAGCUUCAAGUUUGAGGGAUGAAGCUUCACGGGUGAUGGUUGCAGCUCCAAUUCUGGCUUUUGUAACGACCCACAUCUUGUACCUGAACUUCUACGACCUUAACAAAGGCCUGAACACGAAGGUUUGUACUGUUAUUAGCAUUGCUCAGCUCCUCGUGUGGGCAUUGUGGGCUGCUAUGACAAGGCAUCCUUCACGGCUGAAGAUCAUGUUUGUUGCUCUUGGGGGUAUCCUCUCAGUAUUCCUGGAAGCCCAAGACGUUCCUCCACGGUGGGGGUAUGUAGAUGGUCAUGCAGUCUGCCUUGCCAUGGCUAUUCCCAUGUCGUACCUUUGGUGGAGCUUCGCCAAGGAAGAUGCUGAGAUGCGCACGUCGGCAAUCCUGAAGAAGAAACGAUGACAAGG